UGCUGCUGCUGCUGAAGCUGCUGCUGCUGCUGCUGCUGCUCGUGUUUUGGGAGGGCUGAGCUGCCACCACGGCUGCAGCGUCCACCCUGACAGCCUGCUUGCAAAAUGGACCAGGAGACCCUGGGAAGCGUGGUCCUGCUCGCCAUCGUCACCCUGAUCAGUGUCGUCCAGAACGCUUUUUUUGCCAGCAAAGUGGAGCAUGAGAGUAAACACUGCAACGGCAAAGGGAUCCAGCGGCCGGGGUCCUCUGCCUUUGACCGCGUCUACACUGCCAACCAAAACUGUGGGCACGCGUACCCUACGUUCCUUGCCGUGCUUUGGUGCGCCGGGCUUCUCUGCAGCCAAGCUCCUGCUGCUUUUGCUGGCCUGAUGUACUUGUUUGUGAGGCAGAAGUACUUCGUGGGCUACCUGGGGGAGAGAACGCAGAGCACUCCCGGCUACUUGUUUGGGAAGCGCAUCAUUUUGUUCCUGUUCCUCAUGUCCGUGGCUGGGAUACUCAACUACUAUCUCAUCUACUUCUUUGGAAGUGACUUCGAAAUGCACAUCAAGACGAUAACCAGCGCCAUCUCACCACUGCUGCUCAUUCCCUAGCUCCCUGCAGAACUGAGGGGGUCAGCCUGCUUCACGUAUCGAUACCCAGAAGCAGCUAUAAUUCAGAUGUUUAAGAAAUGAACCUAUAACCCUUUCAGAUUGCUGUAAAUCUAAUGCUCAGUGGGCUUUGUAGUUUGAUUUAACCUUGCUUUUUCCUUCAGGAAAAAGAUUUAUUGUGAGCGCUCAGCAUGCCCAAGGAACGGUAACAACUUCCAGCUAAUUCUUCAGAGGUUUUUUUUUCCAUAAACUGAAGCUUGAAAGCUGAUUGCACGACUGUAAGGGGUAUUUUAUGCUUCCAUCGUAACUGUGUUGUCCUUAGCUCCUGUCAUGAAAAGUAGGAGCCUCUCAGCCUCACCUCUGAGGGAUUGUGCAGCCACGACCACCUCCCACAUGCAUGCAGGUUUUCGCCAUCGUCCUGCACCCAGCUGCCCACACAAAUGCACAGGGCACCCUUUCCUUCGCAUUUGUUGGUGACUGAGUACAGGAGGACAGCAAGCUUCCUUGGUCAAUAUAGAUGUGUGUAAUGCUCCCAGCACUGAUCUCAUCCACGCCUCGGCCCGGGCCUUCUCCCAGAGCUGUGGACAGGGGUCUUGGGUCAAUGAGCACCAGGUAUAUUGAGGGGGUUGGGUUUGUUUUGCUUUGCUUAAUAAAGCAGCCUAAAA